AUGAAAAAAGAGUGGAAGCUUUAUGACCGAUUAAUGAGGCUUGAAACCGGACUCGGUGGGACGAGAAGCCUAAUAGAUGCAUCGCCCGAGUGGUGGGAGGAGAAAAUAAAGGAGAAUAAAGAUUAUGCAAAAUUUAGGAACGCAGAUUUGAGCAUAUUUGAUGAGAAAUAUGCUAUUUUGUUUCGGGAUUCCGUUGCCGUUGGAGAUCAGACUAUGACUCCAUUACAGUUUCAAAACAAUAGUAAUCCAAACGGAGAAAAUGUGGAGGGCAAAGGAGAUAGUGAUGAUAUCAAUUUAGAUGAUGAUGUUGAGCCUCUUUUUCCUAGUUUCCAUGAAAGUAGUUCGGGUAAGAAGAAAAGGUCUAACCUUGUUUCCAACAAUCGUUCAACCAAGAGUAAAAGUUCAGUUUUUGAAGAAAAAGUAGAUGCUUUAUUGGAUGCCAUAUCAACAAAAAGCACACAAACUUAUCCACAGAAUAAUCCUUCGCCAACAAUAGCGGAUUGCGUGGCCAUUGUUACCAAGUUUCCCGAUUUUCGUGAAGGGUCCAACGAAUUUUCACAAGCAUUGUUUGUGUUCACCAAAAAGCAAAACCGUGAAGCUUUUAUGUUUCCAAAGACUGACGAAGCCAAGAUGGGGAUGGAUAGUGAUGACUCUAAUUCUUCUAAUGAUAAUGAAGAAUGGUGGGUGGAAGAGGAUAGAGAAUUUAAAAUGUUAUGUGGAUUAGCUUUAAAAGGGAUAAUACUAGCUCGUAACGUACGAAUAUUCUUGAUGACGUUGGCUCAUGGGUGUAGCAAUAGAUUUGUGCAAGAGUUUUUUAAUCAUUCGGGGGAAACAAUUCAUAGGCAUUUCCAUACAGUUUUGGAAGCCGUGCUAAAACUGAGUGCCGACAUCAUCAAGCCAGACGCAAACUAUAAUGAUGAUGUUCCUGAAUAUAUAUUAAAUAACCCUCGAUAUUAUCCAGUGUUCAAGGAUUGCAUUGGUGCUAUAGAUGGGACACACGUUAGGGCAUCAGUUCCACAAAACGAGGAAGCGAACUUGAUCAGAGAAGAAGGACGAAGGCGUCAGCAGGAGCUGUCGUCUACUGUGAUGGAAGCAAGGGGCUGCUCCGGCAGCGGAUCGCAAAGGGGAAGAGGGAAAACCGUUAGUCCCGUGGUGGUUCUAUGA